AUGUCCCCAGUGAUUACAGGGCUGGUUUUCAUGGCACUUCUCUUGGCAUUUGAUGCAACAGAGGACAGUGCUCCUGUCUGUCACAUCCUGGGGACCCCAGAGCUCCCUCUGCUUUCUAGAGAGGGAGAACUUGCAAUUGGUGGAGCCUUUUCCAUCCACAGCAAACUCGCACAAACUCUACUCUCAUUUACAGAGAAGCCAAAACGUCUCACUUGUUCUAGUGUCAAUCUUAGAGAGUUCCGUUAUGCUCAGACCAUGAUCUUUGCAAUUGAAGAAAUAAACAAAAGACACUUUCUUCUUCCAAAUAUUUCUCUUGGCUACCGUAUUUAUGACAACUGUGCCUCAACAUUAUCUUCAAUGCGUGUGGCUAUGGCCCUGAUGAAUGGUGAUGACUGGACUGAAGGAAAUCCCUGUUCUGCUCAGUCAGCCGUUCAUGCGAUUAUUGGGGAGUCAGAAUCAUCAUCUACGAUUGUCCUGUCUCGCACCACAGGACCAUUCAGAAUCCCAGUGAUUAGUCAUUCUGCUACUUGUGAGUGUUUAAGCAGCAGGGAGGAGCAUCCUUCUUUCUUUCGGACCAUUGCCAGUGACAUCUAUCAAAGUCAAGCUCUUGCCCAGCUGGUCAAGCAUUUUGGCUGGACCUGGGUUGGAGCAGUCAAUAGUGACAGUGAAUAUGGCAACAGUGGCAUGGCCAUCUUCCUCUCUGCAGCUGAAGAGGAAGGGGUGUGUGUAGAGUACACAGAGAAAUUCAGCAGGGCAGAACCAGACAAACUCCUGAAGGUGGUGGAGGUGAUCAGAAAAAGCACCGCUGUGGUCAUUGUUGCUUUCAUGGCUCACGUAGAGAUGAACAACCUUCUAGAGCAGCUGACUUUGAACAACAUAACAGGACGACAGUUCAUCGGUGUUGAGGCCUGGAUCACUGCUGACAGUCUGGUGACUCCCACCAGCUUCAGUGUGCUGGGAGGUUCCCUGGGUUUUGCUGUGCCAAAUGCUAAUAUCAGUGGCCUGGAGGAAUUUUUAACUAAAGGAUUCUGGGAGACGAAGUUUAAGUGUGUGACAGAAGCAGUACCUUGCAAAGAAAACCAGGAUCUGAUUCUUCUAAAGAAUUCUUACAAUGAUGUAGCAGAGCUCAGAAUGUCCAGUAACAUUUACAAAGCUGUCUAUGCCAUUGCUCAUGCUUUACACAGUAUCCUAAAAUGUUCCUCCAAUCAGGGGUGUGAUAAGACAGUAAAGCUCAUGCCCUGGCAGGUAGUGGAGUCUCUAAAGAAAGUCAAUGUCACCAUUAAUAAUGAGGCCCAGGUUUGGUUUGACAGCACUGGAGCAGCUUUGGCCCAGUAUGAAGUGUUAAACUGGCAGCGUGGACCUGACGGCUCAGUGCAUUUUAAACCUGUCGGGUACUAUGACGAGUCUUUACCUCUGGGUCAGAAGUUUGCCCUGGACACCAAAGCCAUAAUGUGGCCGGAAGGCAGAACAAAGCUGCCUGUGUCAGUUUGCAGUGAAAGCUGCCGCCCAGGAACUCACAAAGUGCUUCAGAAAGGGAAGCCCAUCUGCUGCUAUGACUGUCUGCCAUGUGCAGAGGGAGAAAUCAGCAACACCACAGAUUCUAAUGGUUGCUAUAGGUGUCCUGAAGAGUAUUGGUCCAAUCAGAACAGAGACACAUGCAUAUUGAAAAGUGUUGAAUAUCUCUCCUUUACUGAAGUUAUGGGAGUAGUACUUGUGUUUUUCACGUUGUUGGGUGUCCUUCUCACAUUAAUUGCGGCCACUCUAUUCCUGAUCAAUAAGAACACGCCUUUAGUCAAAGCCAACAACUCUGAGCUGAGCUUCCUGCUGCUCUUCUCCCUGACUCUGUGCUUCCUGUGUUCUCUGACCUUCAUGGGUCGACCCUCUGAGUGGUCCUGCAUGCUGAGACACACAGCAUUCGGCAUCACCUUUGUUCUCUGUAUGUCCUGUGUUCUGGGAAAGACUGUGGUGGUGUUAAUGGCCUUCAGAGCUUCACUUCCAGGCAGUAAUGUGAUGAAGUGGUUUGGACCAACACAGCAGAGACUCAGUGUUCUGUUUUUCACACUCAUACAGGUUAUGAUUUGCCUUUUGUGGCUCAUAUUUAAACCUCCUUUUCCCUUCAAAAAUAUGAAUCAUUAUAAAGAGAAGAUUAUUCUGGAGUGUGCCCUGGGGUCACCUGUAGCCUUUUGGUCUGUGUUAAGCUACAUUGGACUCCUGGCUGCCCUGUGUUUUGUCCUCGCUUUCCUGGCUCGAAAGCUGCCUGAUCAUUUUAAUGAAGCCAAGUUCAUCACCUUCAGCAUGCUGAUAUUCUGUGCAGUGUGGAUCACCUUUAUUCCAGCUUAUGCCAGCUCUCCUGGAAAGUUCACUGUGGCUGUGGAAAUAUUUGCUAUAUUAGCUUCCAGUUAUGGGAUCCUUUUAUGUAUAUUUGCACCAAAGUGCUUUAUUAUUGUACUAAAACCUGAGCUGAACACAAAGAAACACCUCAUGGGGAAACCAUAAACAAUUUAAAACCAAGUCUAAGGCAUCUAUGUUUUUAUCUAAAGGGUGAUGUUCAGUGAUAUCCAACCUUGAACCAUUUAAACCAAAUGUUGUUUAUUAUUUCUUUUUCUUUUUUUUUUUGUUAAAAGUUUUGGUACAGUAGAAACAGGAUAUUUACAUCAUUUACCUUAUCAUUAAAUAAAACUUUCACCAAAUUCUGUAAAAUUGCAGGGGCAUUAGUAAGGCCAAACGACAUCACCAGAUAUUCAAAGUGUGGGUAGUAAAAGCAGUCUUCUAUUUGUCCCUGUUUCUUAUACAAACAAAAUGAUACGCAUUACGCAGUUCUAACUUAGAGAAAAUCUUAGCCCCCCUCUUUUUGUUUUUGUUCUGUCCAGCAGUUUAACAAUCAGCAUAUAUUACGCUGAAUGCCAUAUUGUGAUAGACAGCUUUGCUUUAACAAGAGGGGUAUAUAUAAAAUAUAUAUACUCUUCUUGAUUUAUGGUUUAUUUAAUGGUUUAUUUAACUAAUCCCAAAUAUGUGUGAUGUUGCUGUGUUGGUGGACAGGUUAAGUUUCUGCUUUAGGGUGUGUGUGCGGGAGG